UUUAGUGUGACUGACAACAGUCUAGCGAAGGAUUAGGCUGUUGUCAUCUCGACUUCCAAACGGAAGUCAUCGUGCUUGGUUCACCUAGUCUUUCCUUAUUUACUUGAACUUAGUCAAAGAUCAAAUGAUCAGUUCCAGCGCAGGAAAUUAAUAAAAUGAAGUACAAGAUAGGAUAGUUAAAUUUAGUGUUUUCAUAUUACUUAUAUUUCUGUAUUGUUUGACAUAAUCGGCAUUUUUGAACACAGUUUUGCAAUUGGAACUGAUUGGAGAAGAGGAAAGUAUCACGAAUAAUGUUUAUAACUGCAGUUUUUUCAAUACAAAAAUUAUGGAUGAAAAUCGGUGGGUGAGUGAUUUGUGAACCACUCGUUAAAUUUUGAAGUUAUCAAAUGCACAAGUAGCGGCUAAAUUUUUGAUUAAUUUGAGUUCUCCAUGGUAAAUUAAUGAAUUUUAGAGAUAAAGAAAGUGGAUUCGUGAAGGUGAACUAGAUAAGAGAAAGUAAAGAGAAUUGAUACUGCUUUAUACAUAUACUGUGGCUGUGAUAAAAAUAAAGUGAAAGGUUUGAUGGAUAAAAAUAUUUGGAAAAGAAAAUAUAUGAAAAGGAAAUUUGAAGAAAAGAUUACGGAAAAAUGUGAAAGAUUUAAAGAAAAGAAAAAAAAUAAUAUAAUUAUUUAGUAAUUUUAUUAAAAAACUAGUCAUUUAAUUUCAAUAUCAUCUUUUUUUUUUUAUUUUAAGAAGAAGAAGACGUUGAAAACGUUAAAAACAUAUUCAUCGGUAUUAUUAUUUCAAUUUUCUUUGUUUCUGUUUUAAGUAUAAAAAAUUUUAUAUGGAAAAAUAUAAAUAUUUGUAGAAAACGUGUCAAAUAAGGAAUGCGAAAAUAAUUUCCAUAACAAAUCGAAAACAGUGUGUAACCAACAACAUAUCGAUCAAAAAUGACAGAGUCAAAAAACAACGAUAACAUCAGGAACGAUGGAAAGAUGUCGCAGGCUGAUUUAAACGGCACCUCUGAGAAUUAUCCAAUAUCGAAACUUCGCCAAGCAUUUCCACAAUUCUGCGCAGUCAGCGCGAAAAAUCUAUUGAUGAUCACAUUUGGAUCCACUUUGGGAUUUUCCACCAUCCUUAUCCCCGAGUUGCAGAAGGACAACGCCGAGAUUCCAGUUUCCAUGGAGGAAUUAACGUGGAUCAGUAGUCUGAACUUGUUCCUGGUCCCAAUUGGUUGCUUUGUCAGCGGGCCAGUAUCGCAAUUCAUAGGACGAAAAAGGAGCAUGAUGCUUACCACACUCCCAUUCGUGGCAGCCUGGGUUAUUUAUUAUUACGCCACAACAGCUGGAAUGUUAUUCAUAGCAUUGGCCAUGACGGGACUAACAGGAGGCCUCCUUGAAGCACCUGUGAUGACCUACGUGGCGGAAGUGACGCAGCCCCAUUUACGUGGCAUGUUAUCCGCCACCUCCACCAUGUCCAUUAUUUUAGGCAUUUUCACUCAGAUGUUGGGUGGCAAGUUGGGUAACUGGAGGACUGUGACACUUGUCAAUUUGAUCUAUCCGCUUAUAUGCUUCCUUGCUCUCUGCGCCGUGCCCGAAAGUCCUUAUUGGCUUGCUGCAAAAGGGAGGCGGAAGGAGGCAGAACAGGCUCUCUGCUGGCUUCGAGGUUGGGUCAGUCCAGCUCAAGUGAAAUCAGAGUUGCAAAUUAUUUGCGAGGACGUGAACAAACCUGCAGCAUCUCAGGAGAAAAUAUGGAAAUCCUACAGCAAGAAAACCUUCUAUACGCCCUUCCUUUUGGUGACCAGCGCCUUCUUCAUAGGCAAUUUUGGUGGCACCAACACCCUUCAAACUUACGCUGUGAUGAUUUUCAUGAAGCUGCACACGCCAAUCGAAAAAUAUACGGCUGCUGUAUUCCUCGGUCUAGCUGAAUUAAUAGGCACGAUGAUUUGCGUGUUUGUUAUUCAUUUUUCUGGUAAACGAUUAUUGUCUUUUCUGUCCGUCGGUGGAACCGGCCUUUGUUUUUGUUUAGCGGCAAUUUAUGGAUAUUUGGACAAUAGUCGCAUCAUUAACUCUGAAAAUCUCACAUGGUUUCCCACUACGCUGCUGAUCGGUGCUGCUUUCUUAUCUCAUGCAGGGAUCAGGUUACUCCCUUGGGUUCUGGCUGGAGAGGUUUUUCCUGUGAACGUACGAAGCAGCGCGACAGGAAUUUCCGGUUCUAUAGGCUACAUCUUCAACUCUGUCUCAAAUAAAAUAUUCCUCUACAUGGUUAAUGGAAUGUCUUUACCUGGGACGUUUUUCUUCUACGCUUUGAUCAAUUUCGUCGGUGGUAUUCUACUCUAUUUUAUAUUGCCAGAAACGGAAGGAAGAUCUCUGAAAGAAAUCGAAGAACAUUAUGCCGGUAUCCAAAGUUUGAAAACUAGGCCCAAGAAGGAAAAAUUGGCAUUCAAGGAAAAAUGGGCUGCUGCAAACUCAGCUGUAAUAUAUGACGAUAUUGAAAGCAAACUUUAAAUUUUGAAAGAAGAAUAGAGAUUGUCAAGUCUCUAUUUUUAAACGAAUUCAAAAGUUUUAUUCCUACCACCGAUAGAUAUGUGUAACGUUUCUAUCGGAAGUUCCUUGUUUAGUAUAAGUAAAUUUAGUUUUAGUUUCAUGAACUCUAUGAGAUCUAAAAUAUAUAAAAAUAGCUUGUAAGAGCUUGAAGAUACGUUAAAUGCACACGUUUUAUCCGCAUAAAAGACAGUGAAUUGUGUAAUGUUCAUAAAUAUUUUUGAUUUUGAUAUAAAUCAUUUGACAAGAAUGUGUUCACAUAAUUAACUUUAAACGGGACACAUAAUAAAAUACAAUUUAUUUUAAGAAUA